CAUCCAGCCAUUAGCCGAGUGCAACUGCCCACUUAUCAGUGUGACGGGCAGACAAAACCUUGCGUGGGCUGCCAUCUCGUCAGACGAUAGCACGACAGAGGUGAAAACUUGCAGUCUCGCUGCACCAAGAAGCAAGAACAUGUAUUGGUACCUGUAUAGUUUGGUCACCCUUACCUGCAUGAUACAAGGGUCAGACGCGGGCAGUCCUGUCGAUUCUAACCUGUACAUAGACAGCCUGCUCACGACCCUGGUGCCACUACAUGCCCGCAGCCUGGGGCUGGAGAACGUCAGUCUGCCGAACUGUGCAUUCAAGGUACCCAGCACAGCUGUUACCAAUCGCGACGUCUCUGUGGAGCUGCAUGGUGGAUGGUUGCUGGGUUUGGUCUCACCUGGACUAGCUCGCAGGGGUCAGUGCUCAGCUCCUGGCUGGUUGGGCAUGAACAUUACAGUGGGCUGCUAUGUGUCGCUAGACAAUGCACACUUGUCGUACGCUGGCUCAGCCAAGGGCGACAGUCUGUUGAACACCAACCGGAGCAUUGUGCUACAGGCUGCACCCUUCAGCGCCAAUGCACUGCUGGAAGUCACCUCAACACCAGGUGGUGUACCCCGAGUGCGCACUUGGGCCCUGCAGCCAUUCACGUUUGCAGUGGGCACGUCACCCAAGCUGAGCCUCAAUACUCCUCGCCAGGCAACUUUUGACAAGGAGGCCAGCAAGUGUGCUUAUGCUUCGCUAUCCAACGUGCUCCUGGUGGCCUACAGGGAAGCCUUAGAAAGGGCUGUCAGUGCCACAAGACUGCCUCUGCCAUGAACAUUUAAAUGCAUUGUGUCAUACGAACACUGCUGCAGAAGACGAAUGAGUGAAGCACGGUACGGAUAAAGCAGGACGAGGUCCUCUACUGGUCAAACUUAAGCCGUGUCUACUACUUGUUAAAACUGUGUUCAAGAGGCAAUAAAGUUAAGCGAGAAACAUCCAUGUAAUUACAAUUAAAAAA